AUGACUGACGCGCCUUUCAAAUUCCUGCCCCUUGGGGCCAUUAUCCAGGACUUCAAGGUCAAGGACACAAACAUUGUGCUUGGAUUCCCAGAACAGGAGCAGUAUGUGAAAUACAACUCUGCCUAUUUCGGAGAGACCAUCGGGCGCAUCGCAAACCGCAUCAAAGACGCCAAGAUCAACAGCCUCAACGGCGGCAAGGUAUACCCGCUUGCUGCCAACGACGGCCUCAACACUCUGCACGGCGGCAACGACGGCUGGGGCAAGCGUAUCUGGAAGGGCCCUACACCCGUGGGAACCAGGGAGAUUCCUGGCGUGCAGGGCCUGAAGGGUGGCGAAAGCGUCGAGUACACUCUCCGCAGCGAGGAUGGCGAUGAGGGCUACCCGGGCGCUGUGGAGGCCAAGGUCAUCUACACCACUGGAAACCAGGUUGUUGACGGAAAGGAGAUCAUCGUCCUGGGUAUUGAGUACGAGGCGAAGCUGGCUGGAGGCGCGGACGAGACCAUCAUCAACCUGACCAACCACUCCUACUUCAACCUCACCGGCGAUUCGAAUAUCACGGGCACCACCGUUACUCUUGCGACCAACAGCCAUCUCCCCGCCAAGGAGGAUUCCAUUCCUCUCAGCGGCCCCGUUCCUUUCCCCGAGCUUGACACCUCCAAGCCUUUCGUUUUGGGCGCCACCGGACCGGAAAUCGAUCGCUGCUUCGUUACCACCACUGACCCAUCAUCUGUGCCGAUCGACACUCGUUCGCAGCCUCUAGCUCUCAACCUGUCUGCCUUCCACCCCAAGAGCGGUAUUCACUUGGAAGUCCUCAGCACAGAGCCAUCAUUCCAGUUCUAUACCGGCGACAUGACCAACGUGCCUGCUGUUGAGGGCCUGCCCGCGAGAGGCGCACGAAGUGCGUUUUGCUGCGAGCCCGGCCGUUGGAUCAACGCGUGCAAUGUCCCCGAAUGGAAGGAUAUGGUCAUCUUGAAGAAGGGAGAGACUUAUGGUGCUAGAAUCGUGUACAAGGCCUGGACAGAGUAA